AUGAUUGAGCAGCAUUCGUUAACUUGCCAGUCGAUCUUUACGGCACACGGGCUGGGAAUCCUCAAAGCGGCAAUUCUCGACAGUGCACGACAUCACCGCAAAUUGCGUGAUGACCAGUUGUCUGGAAAAUUUGAGAAAAUAAGUCCGCCAAAGGAGCCCUCCACUGAUGGCGUCUUGGUUCACAACUUGUCCUCCCACCGUUUCACUCAGCAACAACUAGCCAUUCUAUCCUAUGACGCAAAGUUCAGCACAAGAGAUGCUCGACCAAAAGACUUUAUUGCAUCCUUCGAAUCGGCGCUCCAGAAGUGCGAGGCAGGCGAGGAGUGCAAAUACGCCAUGCGACAACAAGUGUCGACUUUACUCCUUCAACAUAAACGCCAGACGACGAUUUCUAAGGCAGAAGAUCGAGAACUUCUGAAAAUACGAAGACUAGAGGAUAUCUUCACCCUGCCCGCCGACCAGGGGCGCUCUACUGUUGUAAUGGAUAAGGCUGAGUACUGCAAAAAACUAGGCAACCUCUUGAUGGACGAGGAAGCUUAUGCGCCAUCGACUGUCAGCGAGUUCAAAAAGCUCGUUAACAGCAUAAACAAGACGAUCGGCAAGCUGAGGAAGGCGGGCGCUCUUACUAGAAGGGAAGCGCUGGCCGCAAAAGCCAGUGAUACCGCAAUGGCGCGCUUCUACGGCUUACCAAAGGUCCACAAGCCGGGAGUGCCGCUACGCCCCAUCGCCUCCUUACGUGGUACCCCAACCUUUGGGCUGUCAAAGUGGCUGUACCAGCGACUUCGUUUCCUUACCAAGGAUUCAGAGUGGACAGUGAAGUCGGCUGAAGAGUUUUUGGCACGCAUCAAACAUCUGGAAGUGGAGGCAGAUGAGGUGAUGGUGUCUUUUGACGUGAUCUCAUUGUUCACCUCCAUCCCACCCGCGCUGGCUAUCGACACUAUUGACGGUUUUCUCCGGGAAAAGUAUGAUGAGACCGAUCAACAGCUCAAACGAGUUCACAUCAUCGAGCUCCUAGAACUAUGUCUUAAGACGUUCUUUACAUUUAACGGCCAGGUCUACGAGCAAAAGAAGGGGACACCGAUGGGCUCGCCUCUAUCUGGAUUAAUUGCCGAAGCGGUUUUGCAGAGG